AUGUUUUCGGCUCUUGUCCACCGGCUGAACAAUCUCAAGCAGCGAGUCCCGCUGCUGAACCAACUCCAUUUAAACUUCAUAUUCAUACACUAUACCUAUAUCAUAUCAUGGGCCAUUAUCGGCUCUAUCAUCGUCUACCCCGGUGGCAACCUCGCCUAUAUCGAUGCUCUCUUUCAGGCGGCCGGCGCCGCCACCCAGAGUGGAUUGAACACCGUUGACCUCAACAAGUUGUCCACAUAUCAGCAGAUCGUGCUCUAUAUGAUCACCAUGCUAUGUACUCCCAUUUUCAUUCACAGCGGACUGGUCUUUAUACGACUCUACUGGUUCGAGAAGCGGUUCCAGCAUGUGGUGCGGGAUGCGCGUGCCUUGCGCACGACUCGAUCUCGCAUGGACACGGUCACUCAGGAUAAAGAGACUCGAGAGGUGAAUCGUGCCGAGUCAGGCGGGGUCGGGGGCCGUUCGAUCGUGGUACUGCGAAAUAAUGCGGGCGACGCGCGAGGGAGUCGCCUCCCCAACCCCACGGCCCAAGUCCCCGAGCCCCAGACCGGCGAGGAGUCGCCCGAUGGCAAAAAGCCCAGUGAGCGCUCUAGCUCGGAGGAUGCAGAGGAACCCGUCGUGGAACGCCGAUUCGGACUGGGAAGUUUGCGGGUGCCGACCCAGCUGAGCCCCGAGCAUCACAUCGCCUUCCUCGAAAACCAGCGCAAGAACAAAGGCGCCCUGCGCAUUCCGAGUCCCCGCGAGUACGACCGAGGUGGAGUCCCCGAAGCUUUGGACGAGGGUGAAGAGGAGGAGCGCGACCCGGCACAACAGCCAUUGAGUCCGCGAUCGGAUAGACGACGGAGCUCGGUUGAUUCGGGAGAUAAUGACCAAGUUGGUCCGCUAGAAGGACCUCACAUUACAAUCAACGAGCCGGAUUUCACACGCACUCGGACUCGCGGCAACACCUUUUCUCGCCUGGACACAAGGCCGACUAUCCGCGAUACCGUGACCAAAGAUGUGGAUGAUAAUGCCCUGGGUACCUCAACGACCAAGAACACUUUCCGGGGUAUCUUCCGAUCGCUCACGAAGGAGCAAGAACGGCCGACUCAGCCGUACUUGAGCUGGAAUGCCACCGUGGCGCGCAACUCUAACUUUGUGGAUUUGACUGAGGAGCAGCGUGACGAGCUAGGUGGAAUCGAGUACCGCGCGCUGAAGACACUGGCUGUGGUGCUUAUCUCUUACUAUGUUGGUUUCCAUCUCAUCGGAGUGAUCUGCUUGGUCCCUUGGAUCAUGACGGUGGACACAUGGGGCGAUGUGGUGAGAGCCGAUGGCGUUGGACGGCCGUGGUGGGCAAUCUUCACAUCCGCGUCUGCUUUCAACGAUUUGGGAUUCACGUUGACCCCGGAUUCGAUGUACUCGUUCCAGAGGGCGGUUUUCCCGCUGCUUCUGCUGGCAUUUUUGAUUGUUAUUGGUAAUACUGGGUUCCCAUGCAUGUUGCGACUUAUGAUUUGGACUUUGUCAAAGUUUGCACGACAAGGUACCGCGCUGUGGGAGGAAUUGAAAUUUCUACUUGAUCACCCUCGUCGAUGCUUUACUUUGCUUUUCCCUCGAAAUGCAACCUGGUGGUUGUUUGCAAUCCUGGUAGCGCUGAAUGGCAUUGAUGUGAUUUUUUUCAUCAUUUUGGAUCUGAACGACUCGACUGUCACUACCUUGCCACCCGGUAUUCGAGUACUCGACGGCCUCUUCCAGGCUGCGGCCACUCGAACCGCCGGGUUUGGCAUUGUGAGUCUGUCGGAUCUUCACCCGGCCAUUCAAGUAUCCUACCUGAUCAUGAUGUACAUUUCCGUCUUCCCCAUUGCCAUCUCCAUGCGUCGCACAAACGUGUACGAGGAGAAGAGUCUGGGAAUCUAUGGCUUCGAAGAGGAGAACGACGAUGAAACCCAAACGGCCCCCAGUUAUAUCGGCGCUCACUUGCGGCGUCAGCUGAGUUUCGAUCUAUGGUAUGUGUUCCUGGGACUUUUCAUCAUCGCCAUUGCCGAAGGUAGCCGCCUGGAGAACACGAGCGACUAUAGCUUCCAAUUGUUCACCGUGCUGUUCGAGGUGGUCUCCGCCUAUGGUACCGUGGGCUUGUCAUUCGGAUACCCGGGUGUCAACACGUCUUUCUCGGGGCAAUUCAACGUGGUCUCCAAGUUGGUCAUCAUUGCCAUGCAAAUUCGUGGUCGCCACCGUGGCUUGCCAUACUCACUCGAUCGUGCCGUACUACUGCCAUCCGACGCGUUGAAUCGCCACGAGGCUGCUGAGUCCGAGCGCCGGAUGCGCCGGCGUGCAUCGAACCUGAGCGGCGCCGAAUCUUUGGGUCGGCCACGAUCACGCAGUUAUUCGCAGUCGCAGGUAGACGGUGCCCUUUCGACGGGCCUCGAAUCGCAUGAUUGGCAAACUCAUCCAGCGCCAAACGGAGAUAAUCUCGUGCAUCGCUCGUCGACCGUUCGGUCUAAUCGGUAA